AUGCUGCUGAUGCUCCCCCACGCGCUCACCUGCUACUUUGAGUCGCAUGGGUGGGAGCGCAUCGCGCUUUGGAGCUCUGCCCUCGCUGCUGUAGGCCAGGCGUGCCGCCCAGACGUGCUCAAGGCGAUGGUGGACGCUGCUGAAGCCACGGGGCUGGCUGAUGCCCCAUUCUCCCUCCCGGACGGCACGCAGCUAACACGAAGGCAGUUCCUGGGAGCCAACUACUGGAAGGGCUUUCGGCCGCUCGUGGAGCGGCAGGGGCGGCAGGGGGUGUCAAGGGGCGAGUUUGAGCGCACGUGGGGGCUGGUGAGGGCAGCAGUGGCGGCCACAGGGCUGUAUCCGCACGAGGGCAUCUCCUCCCACCUCAUCUCCGGCCUCUGUGUCAACGGCCAGCUCGACAGAGCCAUGGACGUGUUGGAGGAGAUGCAGCAGAUGGGAUUCGCCCUCACGCCACGAGUCUUCGACCCGCUGCUGCUGCAGCUGGCGCGCUCCAGGCUCUUCAAGGAGGCGCUCGCCCUGGCUGACGUCAUGCGGCGCAUGGACGGUGGGCUCACAGUGGCGUCCUUCAGCAGCCUCAUAGAGGCAUGCCUGCAAGUGGAUAACAUCCCAAUGGCACUGGAGCUGGUAGCGGAGAUGAGGAGCACGGGCGUGCAGAGGAACAGCUACAUCUACACGCCCAUCAUCCACGCCUUCUGCAAACAGGGAAAGCUGUCUGCGGCGAUGGGGGUGCUGAGGGAGAUGAUGGCGGACGGCAUUCGCCCCAACGUGGUGGUUUUCACGCAGCUGCUGCACGGCUGUGCCCUCGCACGCAACCGCGUCAUGGGCAUGCGCGUGCAUGCCAUGAUGCAGCAGCACGGCGUGCCCCCCAAUGACUACCUGCACGCUGCUAUGGUGGAGCUUUACCAUAAGACUGGCGACGUGAAUGGCGCCAUGGAGGUGAGGAUAUGGGAGGGGUGGAGGGUGGCAUGGAUGGGUGCGGAAUGGUGUGGUUGA